CUAUUAAGAUGUACAUGCUGACCGAUGGUUAACGCGUUUUGUCGUCUUUGAGUGUAACGCUGUGGUUUAGAGAAAUAAGGAUGAAGGUGGCAGUAGAAGGCUGUUGUCAUGGAGAGCUGGAUAAGAUAUAUGAGAGCAUCAGUUACCUGGAGAAUAAAGAAGGUGUGAAGGUGGACCUGCUUCUGUGCUGCGGAGACUUCCAGGCUGUCAGAAAUGAAGGAGACAUGAAGUGCAUGGCGGUGCCUGCCAAAUACAGACAAAUGCAAACUUUUUACAAGUACUACUCUGGUGAGAAGAAAGCUCCUGUCCUGACAAUUUUCAUUGGCGGAAACCAUGAGGCAUCAAACUAUCUGCAGGAACUUCCGUAUGGAGGCUGGGUGGCUCCCAACAUCUAUUACCUGGGUUAUGCUGGUGUCGUACGCUUUAGAGGUGUACGGAUUGGCGGUCUUUCUGGUAUAUUUAAAUCCCACGAUUACAAGAAAGGACACUUUGAGUUUCCGCCGUACAGCCAAGAAACAUUGCGCAGCGUGUACCACAUACGGAACAUUGACGUCUUCAAGCUUAAACAGCUCAAGAUGCCCAUAGACGUCUUCAUUACGCAUGAUUGGCCGAGAGGCAUUUAUCACUACGGCAACACAAAUCAGCUUCUGCGCAAGAAGAAGUUCCUCAGACAGGAAGUGGAGAGCGGUACCCUGGGCAGCCCUGCUGCGGCAGAACUCCUAGACCACCUGCAGCCCAGCUACUGGUUCUCAGCUCACCUGCACGUGAAGUUUGCUGCACUGAUGCAGCACGAGGCUAAGAAUAAUUCUGCCGCAAAGAUCACCAAGUUUCUCUCACUUGACAAGUGUCUUCCACAUCGAGACUUCCUUCAGAUCGUGGAGGUAGCAGACAGACCGGGCUCCUCCGAACACCUCGAGUACGACCCAGAGUGGCUGGCCAUCUUGAAAGCGACAGACCGACUUCAGAAACCAUCCCACAAUUUUUGGAACCCCCCGCAAGACAACGGACUACACACCCGGUGGGAUUUCAGUGCGUCAGAGGAAGCUAUGAUGGAGGUUGUGAGAGAUUUGAGUGGUGACCUCUGCAUCCCUGAGAAUUUCAGCCUGACGGUGCCCGCCUACGACCCCAGCCGCCCUCAACCCAAUGCUCACCCAGCCUACUCCACCAACCCCCAAACCACAGAGGUGUGUGCCACCCUCGGCCUGACGGACAUCUACAUCCUGGCUGGGCAAAAUGGGCAGACUUAUGGGGAGGAGGGUGCCACAGGUGCGACUGAAGAGGAGGAGGACGAGGACAGCACUGGGAGCGUAGACGAACCCAGUGAAUACCCCACUGACACCUCCGGCCUCUCCAGCUCCUACAACCCUGAUGAAAUCACCAUUGAGGAUGAAUGGGAGGAGGAAGAGGAUGAGGCAGUAGGAUGUGCCGAGGAGAAAGGGACAGACGCAGUGGUUCCAGAAGGGCAAAUGGGGGGCCAGGACAGCGAUAGAGACAGCAGCCCCCAGCGAGAGACAGCUAUUAGACUGAUCUUACCGCCCCCAUGUGCUGCACCAGAGACGGAGGCUCCACUACACUCCUUACGGCCUCUUUCUCUUCCCCCUCCUUCAGCAUCCCUCUCUCAGGGCAGCUCAGAAGAGGAGGGGGGCUUCACGUCAGCCAGGGUCCCCAAACGCACGAGUGGUGAGACGGCACAGGGGCCCGCGAGUCACACGGGUGGCACACCUCAAAUAAAACGGAGAAACCAGAGUAUCUACACGGCAGUAGAUGAUGAAGAAAGUGAGGGCUAGAUAAAUGCAAUUAUAUUUUUAGAUCAGCAAAUUACAUAUACCAAGAAUGAUCUGCCAGUUGGUUUGCUGUCUCUUUUUGAUUCUAAAGAGUUGAAUGGGUUACUAGACUGAUUUGAUCUGCUUUGUAACUACUGUUGUUUUAAAGAACAGAAGUUUUGCUGAUUAUGAUUGUGAAGAAUUAAUGGAAAGCUAUUUUCAGAAAUGUCAAGGUUAUGUACUACUUUUAUUUUUGGUAUUUUCAUGUGUAUAAAGUAAUGCCACAGCCAUUUAUACAUUUUUAUCUUGUAUUUGUCAUUUGUGAUUGGUUUUAAUGAUCUGUUCCUUUUUAUUAUUAUUUUUAGCCAAAUAUAUCACAACACACUCAAUUGUUUGCUCUCUGUCUUGGCUGUUAUUUUAUUAUUAGUUUUGUGAUUGAGUUUGCUUUACCAUUUGAUUGGAAAUACAUCAAAGUUCAAAUAUUAA